GAGACGUGUAACUUUGACAGUUCCGGGAAAAGCCACAGGAAUUAUCUUGAGAUUGAGUUUUUUAACAGAAAGACCUGAUUUACAUGAUUCAUGUCUUCUUAUGAAAGAAUGUGAAGUGUUGUAUUUUUAGGCUGUCGAAUUUGCACGUAUAGGAAACAGGAAAUCGUUAAUAAAUCGUUUUAAACAGUUGUCAGCAUGCUGAGCCGAAAUAUAGUUUUGCAAAGCCUCAGGUGUAUUAGAGAUAGGUUUUUUGAUACAAGACAACAAAGUGAUGGUUGGUCUGAGCCAGAUCAUGACGUCACCGGCCCUACUCUCGACAAUUUGUCGGUUGACAUGCAGUUUCAUAUUAUGACCUUCCUCACUCCACAAGACCUCUGCAGACUGGGAGGCACGAGUACAUACUGGCGGUCAAUGGUUCGAGACCCUGUGCUGUGGAAGUACUUUCUGCUGCGUGAUUUGCCACAGUGGCAGUCAGUUGACCAUUUGUCAAUGCCUGAGGUCAAGCUCACUGGCGUAUCAGUGUUGGGGAACACUGAGAUGAAGCAGUUUGAUUAUAUGGCUGAGUAUCUACGGGUCUGCCCAGCCUGUCGCAACCAAUGGAGACAGCAACCCAAGGCCACGUUUGAAUCCGUCACUUCUUUCUUCCACUCCUUUGUACCGGUUACAGAGCCACAGUUCGCCAUGUUUGGACCAGGACUUGAACAGUUACAGUUUUCUCUGUUGACUAAAAUCAUCAAUUCCCCUGAUGUACUACCUAGAGCAGGAAUACCUCAACGUCAGAUUGACGGCAUUGGAUCUGGAAUCAGUUUUAAGUACAAAGAUCAACACAGAUUCAAUAUUAUAACUCUGUAUUCAACUAACAGGACCGAGAGAGAGAGAGCCCGUCUGGAGCACCGAAAUCUGCGCAGUAAACUUUUUGUCUUUCAGCAGGAUAGUGAGUCCAAUGUGCCAAUAGGUCUUAACCCUGCGUUUAAUCAAAUGUGUCAGGCUGUGAACGGAUUCAUCUUUGUAGCAAACGUUGAGACGGAAGGAUCUGACAGAAAUUGGGAGGAGCAGAGCGCUCACAUCAGGAUCAUGUUAGACCCUGUGGUGGGUUCUGUCUCCCGGCCCAUUCUGGUGCUCUCUUGUGUAUCUAGAGAAGCUUCAGACAGACACAGAAUUCCAUGUGUGACUGUGGCCAAUCAUCUUCAGCUCAGCUCACUGUCUAACCCUUGGAUGGUACAGAACACAGCUGCAGAAACACUUACAGGACUACUGGAUGGGAUUGAUUGGCUACUGGGAAACUCUGGGGUUAAACUGUAAUUUAUAAGACUGUACCUGCUGGAUAUACUAUAUUAUUAAAAGCAUAUGAUUGAUGCUUUCAGACAUAAAAUAAGAUACAAGACACAGUUUACACUAUUACAGGUGUUUGUACCGUUGGUGGUGACAACUGUAAUACAGUGGAUCUGAUUUUGAGUUAUGAAAUAGGGAUGUAACGAUUCCCCAUGAGCCGGUUGAAAAUAGAUUAUAAUAUGUUACGAUUCAAGUCAGUUGAAAUGUUAACUGAAUCUCAAUACAUUUUUGAACAGCAGGUGCCGCUGUGUUAAAUGCGGACAUGCUGGUAUUUUUUAAUGUAAAAAAAGAUCCAAGUCUUAGUUUGUUUGUAUUAUAGAAACUUCUGUAUUAUUCAUUUUUUAUUUGCUUUUGAAUUUGUUUUAAAAUUGCACUUGUUAUUUGACAUAAUAUAUUUUAUUUUAAGUAAAUGUGCAGCAUUUGAGAAAUAAUACAAGGGCAGUUGUUCAUUUCUAAUUGGUCUCAACUUAAAUUUGUAAAAAUAAGCCGUGAAUAAAUGUUAUCGUAACAUCAGUAUUGUGAAUCGCAACGCAUCGCAUCAUGAGCUGAAUGAAUCGUUAUAUCCCUAUUAUUAAAUAUAGUGGAUGCUUGUUUCUUAUAUUUUUUUCUAUGCAGUAUGUAGACAGUAUACAUGUUUGGUGUCUAAAAUAUGUUGCUAUUAAGUUUAUUGAUUGUUAUUGAAACUGUAAACAUGAGACCAUGCAGCUUCUUUUGUUAUAUUACUGGGUGAACCAGAUGAAGUGAUCUGUGAUUCAGUCAUUGACUGUAGUCCUACAUUCAGAUACUCCAAAACCGUUUUAACAUAAAAUCUCAACUGAAUCCACAUUAUCCACAGGAUCUUUUCUUAAAAAUCAUCCAGUUGAGGCCCUGUUCCCCAAACCUGCUUGGACCCAGAUACUUGCUGCUUGCAGCUAUAUUUAUACUUGAUUUUUUUUCAUCUGUCUGACUUCGUGUAAUAUAACCUAUUCCAUUUAUUUUUUUGUCUUAAAAUUGUCUUUUACUUUAAAUUAUAUUUUGACCAGGUGCAUUAUAAUUAUGUAGCGUUGCAACAUGAAUAUUUUUGGUAUGUAAUUGCAUAAAAUAAAAUGGCAUAAUGCUGAUAAAAUGCUAAUAUUUAAGGUUGUCUUAAUAAUGCAUUCCUGUCAGCAUUUUUAAAAACGACCCAUGAAGGGUGUUUUACCUCUUUUGUCCACAGAGAGGCAGCAGCCUCAGCUUUAUUAAGAGCUUUGUUGACAACAAUAAGAACACUGACCCAGCAUAACCUCAUCAUCCUGCUGCCCGGUUUUAUUCAGGGUGGAGGUCAUUCACUGGCCAGUGUUCCAGAGAAAUAGGUGUUGCUUUGUCUCUGUCUUCUCUUUGUUUCCGACUCCCUGUGGCCCUGUUCUCUCUUCCUCUGUUUAUUAAAGUGAAAACCAGUCUAUGCUUGUGGCAUUUCACAGAGUAAUACGCUAAACUAAAGCAAUUAAAACUAAUCCUACCAUUCAGAUGCACUAAAGGCCACACUUUGACUGAGCAUGUGCUACGUCAAAAAAAAAGUAUAGCUACAUGAUUCUGCCACUCUGGGAACUGAAGAAAUUAGUUUCAUAAGAUGCUUUUUUCUCUUAAAAGGUUUGACAGGUACUUCACUUUAUAUAAAAAGGUGAGUCAUUUCCGGCACUAUAUGGUCUUAUUUGUCCAAGACCCAUUAAGUAAAAAAUUAGUAAUAAUCUGUCUUUCCUUGGUGGAACAUGCGAGAUGUUUCUCUUGCAGUCUCUUU